AUGCCUAUCUAUCCACUCCAGUUCACCUGCUUGGGGGUGAUUUGUGGUAUGCCAGCACUGGCGACUGUUUUCGUAGCGCUGAGGAUCUAUACGCGGCGGAAGCUGAAUUUAAGGCUGAGCUGGGAUGACUGGCUCAUCAUCUUGCCCACAAUUUUAUCGAUUGCGCUCAUUGGCCCCUCUUACAGACAUGUCAAGAUGUGGCACAUUGGCAUUCACAUUUGGGAUGUUGAUCCCAACACAAUCGAGCCGAAUUACGACGAAUACUAUGCAGUGCAAAUGGCUUUCAACCUUCUCAAUAUUCCGAUUUUACCACUCGUUAAGGCGUCCAUCAUUCUGCUUCUUCUACGCGCCGGAUCGAUUAUCACCUGGCUCAAGAAGGUGCUCUACUGCAUCCUUAUCUUCACGGUCGGAAGCUCACUGAUCCCAUGGUUUCUGUACAUUUUCACCUGCCCACCGCAGACCGGCAACACAUGGAAACCACGAACUUUUGGGAACGUACACUGCAUGGGCCGACACCGGAUGGGCGAAAUGCUGAUUUGGGUGACCUGUGCAAAUCUGCUUACCGAUCUUCUCAUUCUACCCAUACCCUUCAUCAUUGUCCGAAGAAUGAUGAGCGCGCGCUUACGAUCAAGAAUCGUGGUUCUGACGGUCUUCGCAUGCAGUCUGGCAGUGACUGGCAUCGGGGCCGCAAAGAUCUACCUCUCCUACCGCGACCGACUCUACAAUCUCUACGUGCCAGACUGGACCUACCCAAUCGACUAUUGCAUCAACCACAUCGAAAACAAUGUCGCCAUCAUUGUAGCCAACAUUCCCAUCCUGCGCGGCCUCGUUACACGCUGGGUCUUCAACUUCCGCUCCGAAAAGACCGGCCCAACAGAGCGCCCCAUCCCGCUGCGCAGAAAAUCAGGCAUCUCAGACAGAGCGCACAAAAAGCAUAGAAAUCCACUCAUGCGCCGCCUACUCCCCUGCAUCGACGACUUCUCCUCCAGCCUCGCGACACCCGAGCGCUCAAAGCAGCGCCCCGAGCGCAUCCUAAGCGGCACAUCCAUGACCCAAGCGCAGUCAGACUCCCGCGGGAGGAAACUGAGCACGUACCUGAGCCGCUCCAGCAAUGGCUACGAAAGCGCGGACAGCAACGAGAAAGGCACUGUGCGCGCGACGGUGACGAGCAUCGGUAGCGCGCCCACGCUCCUCGGGUCUGCGAACCGCGAGAGCAGACACUGGGAUGGCAGCUUGCUGCACGCAAAGCGCAGUAGCCCUACGCUGCGCCCCGUCGAGCCAUUCGGCAGCAUGGAGCCACUGAGCGAGAUUCAGCCGCUGGAGCAGGUGCGGAUGCGCAGCGCAUUGGAUGGGGAGGCGUUUGAUCUUGUAGAUCUAGAGGAGGGCUGGCUGUUUGAGGAUCGAAGUCGGAAUCGAUCGUUUGUUGAGUAG